AUGCACCCUGAAAAAGCCCCUGGGCCAGAUGGGAUGCCUGCUUUGUUCUACCAGAAGUUCUGGGAUAUAGUAAAGGAUGACUUAACUCUUAUGGUUAAUAAAUUCCUUACUGACGGGAUAAUGCCAGAUGGGCUGAAUGAAACAAAUAUUUGUCUCAUCCCAAAGACGACAAAACCAAAUGAUAUGGCUCAGUUUCAGCUUAUUAGUUUGUGUAACAUAAGCUACAAGAUCAUCUCUAAGGUCCUAUGCCAGAGACUUAAGAAAGUGUUACCAGGAUUGAUAUUGGAAACCCAGUCAGCCUUUGUUGCUGGAAGACAGAUAUCUGACAAUAUUAUGAUUGCUCAAGAGAUAUUCCAUGCGCUUAGGACCAAGCCAAGCGGAUGCAACAAAAGAAUGGCUAUUAAAACAUAUAUGAGUAAAGCCUAUGAUAGGAUGGAAUGGUCAUUUAUUGAAGCUGUGAUGAGAAAGAUGGGUUUCUUAGAGACAUGGAUCACAUGGAUAAUGAGAUGUAUUACGUCGAGGAUUAACGCAACCAGAAGGCAAGAGAUCAAAGAUGUACUUGGAAUACAUAAUGAUGGAGGGAUGGGAACUUACUUGGGUAUUCCAGAAAAUAUUAGUGGUUCAAAGUGCAAGCUCUUUGCUUUCCUGAAAGACAAACUGAUGCAUAGAGUGAACGGCUGGACAGGUCGUUGGCUAUCGAAAGGAGGGAAGGAGGUAUUGAUUAAGUCCAUUUUGCUAGCUCUCCCGACGUAUGUAAUGUCUACUUUCCUGCUCCCAUUGGAGAUAUGUGAAAACCUUGCUAGUGCUAUUGCUCAAUUCUGGUGGAGUUCAAAUCCCCCAAAAAGAGGAAUACACUGGUCAAAAUGGGAGAAAGUCUGUCUACCGAGAGAAGAAGGAGGGAUUGGAUUCCGUAUGAUCCAUGAGUUUAACCUGGCAUUAUUAGCAAAACAAUUAUGGAGUAUCUCAGCUGGGAGGAAGCUUUUGUUGUUGGGAAUAAGGCAGAAAAUACACUCUGGCUAUGAGGAGUUGAAGGAAUGGGAUGUUGAUCUACAAGAACAAUAUGUCAGCCCUGCUGACAUACCACUUAUAAGGAGUUUGGCCAUAAGCAUAACUCAUAGGCCGGACACAUUUUGCUGGAACUUCACAAGAAAUGGACAAUAUACGGUUAAGUCUGGAUAUUGGGUAGCCCAAAAUCUCUUGAAGGAUGCAGAUGAAAAAGAAGUGGUCGAGCCAAUAACGAGAAACCUAGUGAGGCGUAAUAUGAGAUGUGAUAAUUACUGCCCAAGAUUUGGUGAGCCAGAGGAAUCAGUAACGCAUGCUAUUUUCGAAUGUCCACCGGCUCUACAGGUUUGGCUUCAUUCAUCAACUCCGACGAGCCCUGAUGUUUUUCCAGCAUCAAGUAUAUACACGAAUAUGAACUACCUCUUCUGGGAAAAGAACGGCAUACUUGAACCAAAUCAAUAUAGGGAUCCUUAUCCCUGGUUGAUUUGGUACAUCUGGAAUGCUCGAAAUGAUAAACUCUUUAGGGGCAUAGAUAGAGAUCCUCUGGAACUAGUUCGAUAUGCUGACAAUGAGUGUCAAGCCUGGUUUAAUGCCAAUGAAACCAUACCACCACCGGUACAAGGGAGUAAUGCAGAGGAAUCUCAAGUCAUAAGCUUGGGUAAUAUAUGUUUGCUGGAUGGAUCUUGGACAUCUCAGGCUCAUUUUAGUGGGUGUGGAUGGGUAUGGUUGGACAGUGAAUGA